GAGACACACGAUCUGCGAAACGGGUCAGAGGCACUGGCACAGACGACAGGAACGUUUUUACAUUCCGUGAGCCCUCAAGUUUGACGGUUGCUUUUUAUUUUAACAGAACAUCUUUUUUACGUACUGUUUUCUUUGCUGACACCGCUGUUUGUCUGUCGCGAGAGGCGUCGAUGGACCCGCACAGUCUCGUGCGGAUAUUUUAGUAGCCGUACAGGGCGAACAGAGCGCGUGUGUCCCUCAGCUCAAACCGAGCCUGGCUCUGUUCUCGGGGCCAGCGUGCCUGCAGCAGCUCCGCGUUUGAUGGAUCCAAGAAUCGCCUGGUUUCAGCCAGAACAGCGCGGACCCGCCAACAACCUGUGGAUGCACAUCUGGGAAACGACACAGACGCUGGGAAACCUCUACUUUAACAACAACUGCAACACAGCCAACGCCAAACUGACAAACAGCAGCAGCGAGCCCAAGGACCAUCAGGGGAUGUCUGGAUCCAAACCCGACACUGAGGUCGCCGAACAGCACGACUUCAUCCCGCUCGAGACCCUUAACAACAAUAACAGCAGCCGGGUGGGCAAGGGUCUUGGCGGAGGCGGGCAACUGGGUGUCACUGGGGUCGCAGGAGUAGGCAGAGGGUACCCACACAAGAGGAAAAGAGACAACAAGGCGAGUACCUACGGCUUUAACAGGAGUCUGCUGCCAACAGCGGGCUCACAGGAGAUCUUUACGGGCACGCCGUGGAAGAGCAGAAACUACUCCGAUGGCAUCGUAGGGCUGCAUGAGGAGAUAAAGGACUUUUAUGAGUAUAUUUCUCCUCGUCCAGAGGAGGAGCGCAUGAGGCUGGAGGUGGUGGCCAGGAUCCAGAGAGUCAUCAAGGACCUGUGGCCCAAUGCUGAGGUUCAAGUGUUUGGCAGCUUCAGCACAGGCUUGUAUUUACCUACAAGUGAUAUAGACUUGGUGGUUUUUGGUAACUGGGAGACUUUGCCUCUCUGGACUUUGGAAGAGGCACUACGCAAGAGACAAGUCGCAGAUGAGAACACUGUCAAAGUCCUGGACAAAGCAACGGUCCCUAUUAUCAAACUGACAGACUUGCACACAGAGGUCAAAGUGGACAUCAGCUUUAAUGUACAAAGUGGUGUGAAAGCUGCAAACCUCAUCAAAGAAUUCAAACAGCAAUUCCCCGUGUUACCAUACCUGGUGCUGGUUUUGAAACAGUUUUUACUGCAGAGAGAGCUGAAUGAAGUUUUCACCGGAGGAAUCGGAUCAUACAGUUUAUUCCUCAUGGCUGUCAGCUUCUUACAGAUGCACUACCGAGAGGAUGUGUGUAGUCCAAACUCAAACCUGGGUGUGCUGCUGAUUGAGUUUUUUGAGCUGUAUGGUCGGCAUUUUAACUACCUGAAGACGGGGAUCAGGAUCAAAGACGGUGGCUCAUAUGUGGCCAAAGAUGAAGUGCAGAAAGGCAUGCUGGAUGGGUACAGACCCUCUAUGCUUUACAUUGAGGAUCCUUUGCAGCCAGGUAAUGAUGUCGGGCGAAGUUCGUAUGGGGCGAUGCAGGUGAAAGACGCUUUUGAUUAUGCUUACGUUGUCUUAAGUCAUGCUGUAUCCCCUAUCGCCAAGUACUAUCCUAACAACAAGUCAGAGAGCAUUCUUGGUAGAAUAAUACGUGUCACUCAGGAAGUAGCAGAGUACCGUGACUGGAUCAGUGAACACUGGGGUCAGCAGAGCAAUAGUGAGCCUGUCCUCUACUGUAAUGGAAAUGAUGUUACACUCACAUCACUUGAGCCUAAGGAACUUGAUGAGUGUAAUAAUAACCUUUCAGAAGAGGUUGUGAUGCUUCCUCCAGUUCCCCGGAGCAAAGUGUCAUCUAACUCCUCCUCUCCUCCCCCAUCUUCACCUUCAUCACCAUCAUCAUCCCAAUCCUCAAUGGCUUCUAGUUCAAGUGAUGCAGACUCUGAUGGAACACCCUAUAAGACGGUGAAAGCGAUGGGUGGGCGGAGCUCCAGCUCUUACAUUGAGAAUACUGAGAGGAAUCUGUCCAAUCACAGAUCACAGAAUCAUUCACCAACAAUGCCCAUCCUGACUAAUAAGGGCAGUAAGAGUCGACAGCGUGCAAAGAAAAGUACUCAAGCACCACAGAACAACCCCAGCAAGAUCCAGCAAAACAGCAAGCCUCAUCACAAAGCCCAUACAAAGAGGAAACCUCAGCGUGAGGUAGCGCACGAGGACCAAUGUAGAUAGGGAAAGCUGUUCUUGCAGUCUCACACCUGCUCUUACCAUCUUUGACCACAGAUGGGUGCUGAUGGCAUCAUUUAUCUCUCCGGUCCCCAUUGUUCAAGGGAAGUGUGUGACUUUGUAGCUGGAAAAGGAAAAGAACAAAACAAAACAAAAAAAGAAUUCAAAUGGGGUGUAGACCACAUGUGGCAGAGUUUAGGCCUGUACUCCACUGGCUUCUGCACAGCUUCUGCUCACUGCUCAUGGGGGGGGGGGAGGGGGGGGCUGCACUGCUGUGCUGAAGGGCUCCCCCUGGUGAUGUGGAGGACUAGAGAAUGUAGGAGAGAGAAUUUAACUUGAGUAAUACCUGAAGCCCUGAACUUUUGCCUCACUGAGGAAAACUGACAUUACAGAUGACUCGAAUUAUAAAAAAAAGUUAUAUUAAAAGUACAAAGAUUUUAAAAUGUCUAAAAACAUGAAAAUGUAAUUAGUACCACAGAAAUUAUGCGUUUUUUUUUUUUUUUUUUUUUUUUUUUUGAAGAGUGGUUCUUUUUGACAUGUAUGGAUUAUAAAAAUAUUUGUACAAGAAAAGAAAAAAAACUAAAGCAAAAAAAAAAAAAAAAAAUAUGAUCAAACAUGAAAAAGGUUUCAUAAGACUUUUAUAGCAUUGUACAACUUUUGCCAUGCUAUAGAUGUACACACAUUAACACUGCAUCUCCUCAGAGUAAUGUACAGGUUUGGGUUCAAUUGCCAACACUUACCAUGAGCCUUUGUUAUUAUAUUGUUUUUGUGUAAUAUUGUGGAUGGGCAGUGGAGGUGUUUGAAAGAGAGGCAGACUGUUAGCAGUAGACUGCGCAUGCAGGUGUCAUGUAAACACACAGUUGUGUGUAUUGGAGUGCAAGUAAUAUAUGUGUGAGCGAUUGUGCUUGCAUGAGUUUUGCUGUCUGUCAAAGAGAGGGGAAAAAGUGUAGAACUUUGAAGAACACUAUUAACCUUACCAUGUUUAAAAGAUUACAGCUGUGGUUUUCAGUCUGCUGCUCUGAAUGAUCUGCCCAUCACAAAAUAGUUUGUGUUUAUUAACGUAUUUAUUUUUAUCAGUGACAAAAAAAAACAAUGACAGUGGAUUUCUAUAUGCAAACAGUAGUGGCCGGAUAUGUUUUAUGUCCUGUCUUAAGGCUAGGGGGCAUAACAUGAUUGUUGCUUGUCAUGUAUGGUCAUAUUUAAUUUUUUUUUUUUUUUUUUUUUUUUUUGUCAGGUACCCUUUUUUGAUAACUGUUGAGUGACCAAGGUUAUUUCUAAAAUUUGAAAGUUAAUUUAAACAGUGAUAUAGAAAAGUGGGUUAAACAUUUUAAUUUAUGGCUAGUCUACUGAAAGAGAGAUGGGGUACAUUUUCUUGUGUGUUUGAUUUCAUUUUUUUUUUUUUUUCAUUCCACAGCUAGUUGAGGUAUUUCUAAAAAUGCCUAUUCUCUAUUAUGGCAGUUCAUCAGAUAAACAGUAGGUGUUGGUGUAAUCAUACACUUAUUCCCCUUUGACACUUUUCUUAUGUUCUUUUAUUUUCCUUUUAUUCAAUUCUUUAAUAGUAGAGAAGAUAAUCUUUGAGGUAAUAUUUGUUACUCCCCCUGUAUUAUAGAGUUUAUACACCGAUAAGCCACAACAUUAAAACCACCUGCCUAAUAUUGUGUAGGUCCCCCUCGUGCCACCAAAACAGCGCCAACCCGCAUCUCAGGAUAGCAUUCUGAGAUGAUAUUUUCUCACCACAAUUGCACAGAGCGGUUAUCUGAGUUACUGUAGACUUUGUCAGUUCAAACCAGUCUGGCCAUUCUCUGUUGACCUCUCUCAUCAACAAGGCAUUUCCAUCUGCAGAACUGCCGGUCACUGGAUGUUUUUUGUUUUUGGCACCAUUCGGAGUAAAUUCUAGAGACUGUUGUGCGUGAAAAUCCCAGGAGAUCAGCAGUUACAGAAAUACUCAAACCAGCCCGUCUGGCACCAACAAUCAUACCACGGUCGAAAUCACUGAGAUCAAAUUUCUUUCCCCAUUCUGAUGGUUUAUGUGAAUAUUAACUGAAGCUUCUGACCUGUAUCUGCAUGAUUUUAUGCACUGCACUGCUGCCACACGAUUGGCUGAUUAGAUAAUCUCAUGGCAUGAUUAUUGGUGCCAAAUGGGCUGGUUUGAGUAUUUCUGUAACUGCUGAUCUCCUGGGAUUUUCACACACAACAGUCUCUAGAAUUUACUCCGAAGG